AUCUACUUGCCACAGACUGCCUGCAGUCAUUUCCAUUCCACAAUUCCCACAAGAUGUCCAGAGCCGCUUAGAUGCUAAAGAACCGGUCCACAAGGAACAAAAGUACCGUAACAAAAUAAUUGGGACUCUGUAUGACAUGCUGUCACAGUGUACAAUGUAUCCAACCAACUCGGACUACGUUCAGGUCGUUAAAGCGUUAAUUGGGAAGUACCCUUUCUUAAGGGAUGUACACGGGAAUGGUUAUCAUACCUGGCACAGCCAACUCAAGAGAAAAUUCAAAACAGAACGGGCUCCACUAAUCAACAAUGAGGAAGUAAAACGGGUCAAAGAAAAGUUUCGGCAAGCAAGAUCACUGAAGACCCCAGAAGAAUCUACAUCCACAUGUCCAAAACGACUGAAGCCAUCUCUAGAAUCAUGCAUUGUGGGGGAGGAUGCAACCUCUGUUGAAACUCAUAUCAAGGUACUGCUUGAGCAAUACAGAAAGUUGCAUCCCGACAUGAAUCUGGUGAAAGACCGCAUGAUGAAAACCGUUGCAUGGAGACGCCGAGAAAUAGCAGAAGGAAUGUCAACUGAAGAUCUGUUGAGGAGAUAUCCAUUCCUAAGAACAUCCGCUGGGUUGUGCGAUGAGGUUGAUGCCAUGCACCCCUCUCCAGUCAACAUAUGCCACCGCAUCAGUGAGAACUUCACAUCUAUUCUCCCAAAUAUGCUGAAACUUGUCAAGGAUUCGCCACUGAAAAAACUAUACAUGGAAGCAAGAGAGGAUGCCUUGGCUGAGGAUAUUAAAGGAAUUGACUUCAGGGGUGGACUCCUCCUCUUGCCAUCCAUAUUCAAGGAGAAGAUUGAGGAUUUCAUUAUGCUUGGACAGGUAAAUACCUGGUGUCCUGCAUAGCCACUAGCCAUAAGUUAAUGUUCUUUUAGAU